AUGGCUCAGGCAUCGUCGCCGUUCCCACUGCGUGUCGAGCAGGAUAGGGGCGAGGAUGGCCACAGGGCUCGACGCCAUGGUGUCCCUCCUCACCCGCCGCCGCCGCCUCCACCGCCGCUCAACUCUCCUCAUCUUACCUCCUCCUCUUACUUUUCUAACUUUCCGACGAUAAGCAGGUCGGACCUUAGCCUGGCCGACAACAAUCCCUCACCACCACCUUCUCUAGGCUCUCAGACAUCAGCCAGCACGCAGCAUGUGAUUCAGCCUGCUCCUGGGUUUCAAAUCAAUAAAUCCGUGCGGCCACGACCCUCCCGAGGUAGACGGAACUCGGGACGGUCCCAUCGUCGGCGGAGUAAUGGUCCUGAAGAUGAAGCACUGACUUUCUCACUGACCAGGCCUGGAAAUGACGAGACUUGGAGUUCUUCGUCUUCAUCUAAUGAGGAUCCAAUCGCCUAUCGGAAUGCUAGGCAGUUUCCCCCCCAGCUGCCCGCUGGGCCGUCCUAUGGGCCGUCCGCCCGGCGGAGCAGAUCCUCGGCAGCAAAUCAAAUCACAGCAUGGGUAUCACAAUACGAAAAGUCGAGGAGCCCAACGAGAUCUCGAUCGAGAUUGGGUGACAUUUCUGCAGUUCUACAACCCACCGACACUGAGUCACACCUGGAGGGCUCUUUGCAUUCCAACGAUUCAUCACAUGGUGAAAUAGAAAUGUUGUGGCAGCAAUUGAAAGAAAAGAGAGCUAAAUUAAGUGGCACAAGGGCACAGAUGCGGUCAAGGAGAAAGCAGCUGCGGGAAAAGAGGCGCGAGAAAGACGCCGCUGACAAUGCAUUUAUGAGUGUCGUUCGGCCUGUACUGAUCGGCCGAGGAGAGCUGCUUCAGACCCCAUCAACCCUUUUUGAAUCGCGGCUGGAGAGGAUGCAGCAGUUGAGAGACGACUAUCAAGUUCUGGAAUCCAGCUAUGAGGCGCUCGAGGCUAUGUUGGACGAGGAAGAGCGUGAUCUUAGCAUCCUUGAAACGCGUUUCUUUAGCAUCUUGGCGGCUGGUCAAACCAAAGAAGAGCGUCAUCUCGACAUCUCCAGCGAUUCUGGUGCCGCCAACUUUAAUAUUGAUCAGGUGGAAAUACCGUAUGAGCUCAGGGGCAUAUCUCCAUUUGGCCCCGUCGAAGAUCCACAUCCUUUGUAUGUCGAUUUGACAUCGACGGUGGGAUAUCUGGGGAAUGCUCGGGACGAAUACGCGGACCUCCUCUCCACUAGAGAGCAAUACGAGGAAGAGCAGCUAUUGAAAAAGACGACGAAUCAGAAGGCCUCGGACGAGUUGGACAUGAAGGAAUUCUUUGACGAGUUCCCAUCUGAAGAGCUGCGGAUGGUUGGCGUGAUAACCAACCUGGAAUCCCAAGUAAGUCGCCUCAGGAAGAUUUGCGAAGACAGGGGAAUCAUGAAAAAGCACAUGUCAAUCAAGAUGGAGUAUGCGCUGGACCCACAGAUCAAGUAUGAAGAUCUGGAUCUGGAUGACGAGCAGACGAUCUUGAACAGUCGCAAGACAUUAGGCCAUGCUGAGUUCAACGAACUGCUUUCUCAGCCGGACCAUGUGCUAGCCGAUGAGCCAUUGACCCCACUGGGGGCUCUCAAAGCAGCCAUUCGACUCCCAAAUCACCAUCCAGAGAAGGGUGUGAGGAAGAGACUGGCGUCCAAGGAGUACGCUAUUGACAAUCUCAUGCGAGAAUGUGAUGGCGGGAAGAAGGCCGACUAUGUGAAUCGAUGGCUGCUUCACCAGCUGCGACUGUCUCCGCUCAACGCCGUGCUGCUGCGAUCCACUUUCCAAGCAAGCCGGUCUCUGAAGAUUCGAGACAUGUGGCGCUGGCAGUGCGAUGUGAUGCAUUACUGGUGGCGCGAUAAUACCAUGUCCCUAACGGAUGGCUUCUUCAAACCAAUAACCAGUGACAACUCGGAAUAUUCAACUCGCCAGGGGUCGCCGCAGCUGUCGCGGGCCGCAUCUGACGGUGGUCCUAGGCAUGUCUAUCAGCAACAUGAGCCCGUUGAUAACAGCGAUGCCAUGACCGAAUAUGGCUAA